AUGCGUAAUCGAUUGAUUUCUGUGCUGUCGUGUCUCGCCGCAUGCGCUGCCGGCCAAACCUUUCAGCGCCUGGGAGGUUGCCCUGACCUGGGCUGCGUCUUUCCACCCGACCAGGUUGACUUCCUUGCUGGCCAGUACUUCGACAUCCGUCUCGAGGUUCAUUCUCCCGUCAAUGGCUCCGAGGCGCGUGUAGGAGAGCCAGACCCCAAUUUCACUUUCACCAUCACCAAGAAGGGCGGCAGCCCUAUUGCUGCUGCGGACUUCUUCCAAGUCGAUGAGCCCAAGCUGGAGAGAUGGAACUUCACCUGGUAUGAAGACCUUUUCGCUAAGGACUUAGAGAAGCCCUCUCUGGUCAAUGUCACCGCCAAGGCCUACAGACGGGUUGCCCUCUAUGAACCUGGUGAGUAUGAGGCUACCUUGACCUACUACGGAAGCCAAAAGACCGUUGCCAACUGGCUCGUUCGUGACCUGCCUACAAAGCGGCGUGCGAAGAACGUGCUCCUCUUCAUCGGCGACGGCAUGACUACCAACAUGAUCACUGCUGCUCGUCUCAUGGCUCACCGCAGCAUCAAUGGCAAGUACAUGACCAAGAUGGCGCUGGACAAGUUCCCAGUCCUGGGCCACCAGAUGACCCACUCCAUGGAUUCGUUCAUCACCGACUCGGCCAACUCUGCGACAGCCCUGUACACAGGUCAUAAGACUACUGUCAAUGCGCUGAAUGUCUAUGUUGAUUCCUCUAAAGACCCUUUCGACGACCCGAAGUUUGAGAUUAUCACCGAGAUUUUCCGCCGUCGGUUUCCUCUCAGCGGUGUUGGUAUUGUGACCACAGCUUUCCUGGCCGAUGCCACUCCUGCUGGACUGACUGCUCAUACCAGCAAGCGAAGCAAAUUUGAUCAUGUCAUUGACGCUUUCUAUGAAGGUGGUGUGAGCACCCACAACUGGACUGGCUGGGAUGGCCCUGAUGUGGUCCUCGGCACUGGCGCAGAGAACUUCCUCAAGACCAAGGACGCACCGCAUGACUACUACCCCCUCUUUACUGAGAAGGGUUAUAGUUUGGCCUGGAACAACACCGCCAUGCAGAAUGCCCCCACCGAUGAGAAGCUGCUGGGUGUCUUUCAGACUGACAAUCUCGCUGUCUGGCUCGACCGCAAUGUCUACAAGGAUAACCUUCUCAACCAGAGCAACUACCCCGACGGCUCAGCUCGUGAUGCCGUCGAUCUGCCCGGGCUCAAGGAGAUGACACUCAAGGCCAUCGACGUGCUUCAGGAGCGACAUGACGACGAGGGCUGGUUCCUCAUGUCCGAGGCUGCCAGUAUCGACAAGCAGAUGCACUCUCUGGACUACGACCGUGCCUUGGGAGAGCUUCUCGAGCUCGACGAUACUGUACGCGCGACCAUUGAGAAGCUCGAGUCCCUUGGCCAGCUCGAGGACACCCUCAUUCUCGUCACGGCUGACCACGGCCAUGGCUUCGACGUCACCGGCUCGGUUGACACCAAAUACCUCAACGCCCAGCACGACGAUCGCGAGAAGCGCAGAGCCGUCGGCUACUACCGAGAGUCGGGUCUUUCACAGUACACCGUCGGUGGCCCCAACUCUCUGCAGUACUCGGACGGCGUGCACUUCCCUGCUCGCUGGGACCCGCGCUACGCUCUGCACUCAGGCGUGGGAGCCUUCCCCGACCACAGGGAGAACUACCAGGUUCACAGCGACGGCCCACGCUCGCCUGCCGCUGGGAUCAAUGGCCAGAAAAAUGAUUACUAUGCCAACUACAAGGAUGCCGUCACUGGCUUCUUGGUCAAUGGAACCUUGCCCGUUGAUGCGAGUCAGGGCGUCCAUUCGCUGACCGACGUGCCAGUCUUCGCACAGGGUCCAUGCCAGGAGUUGUUCGGUGGCGUUUACAACUCAAUCGACAUCUUCUUUGGUAUGGCUGAAUGCCUGGGCCUGUCAGAAACUAAGGCUCCUUCCGGGGCCUCUGGGUCCUCUGGAGCCUGUGCCGCCGGCCAGGUGAAGGACAAGGAUGGACAGUAA